UAACCUGUUGGCACAAGACUUACGAACGAUCGGAUCAAGAAUAAAAGCUGUAGAGUUUCGGGAUUGCCUGAUUCCAGCCUGUAAAACACUCGUCCCCUUGUUAACUUGCUGUUCAGACCUAAUGCGGGUUUCGUUUUCGAGGAUCACAGAAUAUCGAUGCGACAUUGAAGACGACACGCUUAAAUUUUACAGACUCGUUACUUUUCCACAAAUUUCCGUUCAUUUGAAAGAAUACGCGUUUCCCCGGCUUACGUACCUGAAGCUAUCUAAGCAAGGAUUCCAUGGUUCCACUACAUUUUGGCUAGCUGCUAUUCUCGGUCGGUGUCCCAGCCUGAAGCAUUUGUUUCUGGACCCUGAAGACAGUGUCCGUCACGGCAUUUGCUUUCAGCAUGCGCUCGAUCAUUGUCCUCUUCUCGAAACAUUGGUAGUAGCACCCUAUGCAGAAAUGCCACCGACUAUCUUGGAUCAUCAGCGCCAAAUUGAUAAGGAUGUGGAAGAAACGUUUGCGGAAAGCUACGCUAACAACGACUUUAAAAGCAGUAGCAGUAGCAACAACGAGAGAAACGAUGCAGAAAGGAUAGAAGCAGAAGCAGCAACCAAGAAGCAGAUAUCUUGGGACACUAAAAGAUUGCGUCGAUACGUGGUUUCAGGUCACUGGAUCAGCUAUAGCGAGGGGAACGAGAACGAUUUCCACGACGCCGGUUACGGCAUAAUGUCAAUCUUUAGUAUGAAUCGUGCAACAUUAGAGCUCUUGUACCUUUAUUUUGAUGGAUACUUUGUCAACACGCAAGCAUUAAGAUGCCUCGGAUACGCACCCUCCCUACGAGAACUACGUAUCUCCACUGAAAACAGCAAGCCCACCUACGAAGGAUUCAGAGGAGCAACCUCUUGCGCGCAAGAAAAUCUGGACACGCUCUUUGGCUACUGCCCUGCUUUGGAAGUGAUUGUGAUCGAUAUCAAUAGUUGCAUCAAGUAUUUCGACGAUGAACACAUUUGCCGUUACUACAACUACGUUACCGCAACAGACACCAUGUUGAAAACGAUCGCCACUCGGUGUCCCCAUAUCCAACACAUCAAGAUUGCUUGUCCUGUCCAAUACACGAGUUUGGGAAUCCUCAAUCAUUUUACGGGACACGAUGGAAAGGACCAGUUAGCCAAGCUAACGUUUUUGGAAAUUGGUCAAUGCCUUAUUACUAUCGUAGCAGGAAGCAGAAGCAAGAGUCUGUCCUUUACGAUAAAGUCUUUUGGGAAAAUGUGCGCACCAUACUUGGAAAUCGCGGUGGUUUCCUGGAAGUCUAAUCCUGAGGCGUUGCUUCCACAUGACUUUAGAAAAUUGCCACAAUAAAACUCUGUAACUCCGCAAACUUGGAAAAAUAAAAUUAAAGCAAAAAACUUUUUUUU